GAGACCGGUUAGCAACUGCCGCAGUUAGUAGUGGAGUGCUAGGACGGAGCGGGCUGGCGGGAGCUGUGAGUACGGAGCUGGCCGCUCCCGCUUGGGACGCGGCGGGAGAACGGCGGCGCUGAGGCAACAUAGUGCCGCCUGCGCAGGGAGCUGAGGAGCCGGCUCUGCGCCCGCCGCCAUCGAGGAGACGCUGGGCAUCGCGUUGUGCUUUGCUACUGAAAUAGCCCUGAGGCUCUCCUCAGCUGUGGUGUCUGGCACACGUGUAACGAGUAAAGCCAACCUUGUAGGACUCGGAAGAGGGGUUCAUUCCUGCGCCCGAGGGCAAGAAAAAGCCCAGAGCGCUCCUUCUCUUUGUGAGGGAAUAACACCGCGUCCCUCCGCCCCUCGGAAUGUAUCGAAGGCAGGGCUGAAAAGCCCAGGAGCACCUGUACGGUGUGAGGAAGAUAAGCCAUGUCUGCUGUAGGUGAUGAAACGGUGGGUGACAUGCCUGUGAGAGAUGUUGGUCCAACUCUACCAAGAGUUAGAGGAUUACUGGCAUCUGCACGAAAUGUUAAAGCUCGGCAAGCUGUAUCGCAGUUCAGUCGAAAGGAGCUGGAAGAUAAAUAUCUUCAAUUACGUGAUGAAAACAUCUCACUUAAACAGCAUGCAAAUAAGCAAGAGGAAACAAUUAAAAGAAUGGCCACCAGGUUAAUACAGCUUGUUCAUGAUAAAAAAAGGAAUGAGCAGGUUGGUGGCGGCCCCAAGCGGCUGGGUCGUACUGUGAAGAUGGAAGGAAUGGUUGAGCAUUUGCAGGAGAGAGUUCGUGAUCUUGAGAAACAAAAUGAGAUCCUCCGCAGCAAACUUAUUUCAAACAAACAGCAGAUCCAUAUGCCAAGUCAUAGGCCUAUUCAAUACAAAUUCGCUCAGCCUCGUAAUAGCAAUGGACUCAAAAAAGCAAGUGAUGCUGCUGGCACUCCGGAGCCCACAAAAAAAGGAAUGAGAUUGCAAAAUUUAGAAGUGAGAUCACCCCCGCUUGUUCUCCGAAGAUGUGGCCCAAAUCUGCUUGAGGAUGCAAGAGCUAAAAUAAGAAAUUUGGAAACUGUGAUUGAUUCCCAAAGGGGACGCAUUCAGGAACUGGAGCAUCUUAGUGAGUUACUUGGUAGUCAGCUGAGAAAUAAGGAAAAAGAAAUUGAGGAAUCUGCCCUACAUCUGAAAGAGCAAGAGGCAGCACGCCAAAGGUCAAACAUUCGGGACAAUGUGGAAAUGAUUAAGGUCCGUAAACAGCUGGCUGAGAAAAGCAGUGCUCUUGCAGCAAUGGAAAGCAAAUUUCUCCAGCUUCAAGAGAACCAGAGGAAUUUUAAGACUAACCAUGAUGUUUUAAUAGCAAAAAGUGAAGAGCUGAAUGUCCAGCUUAAAGAGGAGCGGUCAAAGUGCCUCCAUCUCGAAAAAGAGUUACAGUCAGUGGCUAUUUCCAAGCGAAGGACAGAGGAGUUAGAAGAAAGAGUAAAUGAUCUAGAGAGAGAGAAGGAACUCUUGAAGGAAAACUGUGAUAAGCUGUCCAGCAGUGUCUUCAGUAUGACCCGUGAACAGGAAUGGAAAUUAAAGGAAGAGCAACUGAAACUGCAAAUUGCUGAACUAGAGACUGCUAUCCAGUCUAGUUUAGCAGACAAAGAUGAAAUCCUUGGCAAGCUCAAAGUAGAAAGAGACAAAAAGGAAAAGCUGAUGGAAGAGAACAAAGACCUGCAGUCAUGCUACCUGGAAAAUAAGCAACAGUUAGAUGAACUGAAAGAUUACAUGAAGUAUUUGACCAAGAGAUGUGAUGUUGAUGUGGCCGAACUCAGUGAAGCUCUCCUGCUCAUAAAGGUUCGAAAGGAACAGAAGAAGAAUGGGGACCUUAUAUGUUUGGAAAAAGAUGAUGAUGACAUCCAAAAAGUUUCGGAACGUUCCAUGCGGAAGCUGCAAUUAGCACAUGCGGAAACAGUGCAAGAACUUGAAAAGACAAGGAGUAUGUUAAUUGUACAGCACAAAAUUAACAAGGGUUACCAGACUGAAAUUGAGGCAGUGACACAGAAGAUGGAAAGUCUACAGAAAGACUAUGAGUUAAAAAUAGGAAAGUAUGUCGAUCUUCUUGAUAUGAAGGCUGCACGCAUCAAAAAACUAGAAGCGCAACUGAGAGAUGUUGCCUAUGGUAGUAAACGCUACAAAUUCAGACCAGAAAUAUUGCCAGCCAAUCCAGUGAACAUAUUUGAUGAAACUCUACAUUUCGAAAGACGAGAGGGCCUUUUUGAAAUUCAUAUCAGCAAAGUGAUCUUCUCUUCUGAAGCUGUGCAUGCUUUUGGUGACCAUGAACCUGCAACUUUCUGUACUUAUGCAUUUUAUGACUUCGAGCUUCAAGCAACCCCUGUUUUGCAUGGACAUACCCUGUCAUAUGACUUUACUUCUCAGUAUCUUGCCCAGAUUGAUGACAGCUUCUUACACUACAUACAGAGUAACAGUGUCACUCUUGAGGUUCAUCAUGCAUAUGGUACAGAUUAUGAAACAGUUGCUACAUGCCAACUGGCACUCCAUGAAGUCCUGGAACAGAAUGGGAGGAUCUACAGCACAGCAGUUUUAGUUGGAAUAAAUGGAAACAUCCAAGAUUUUGGUACUGUAGAGUACUGGGUCAGGUUACAAGCUCCUAUGGAUCAAUCCAUUGGUCUUUACAAAGAGAAGUCUAAGGCUCAGGAGUACAUAACACCCAAUUUUAGGGAACAUGAAUCACCAUUCCAGCAGCAGAUUCUCAGAACUGCCGAAGUCAGCGCUUCAACAUCAGAUGGCGAUUUAAAUGAACUCCACGUUACAAUAAAAUGUUGUAACCGUCUACAGUCCCAAAAGAAACAUCUUCAGCCAAAUUCAUAUGUUGUCUACAAGUUUUUUGAUUUUGCACACCAUGAUACUCGCAUCAUUCCUAGCAGCAGCAACCCACAAAUAGAUGACCAUAUGUGUUUCCAAGUGCCAAUGACUGCAGAUUUAGACCAAUACUUGAAAUGGGAAUCCUUAACGUUUUAUGUAUUUGAUGAUUCUGAAAUGGGAGAAGAUGGCUUUUUAGGGAAAGCCAAUGUGCCUCUUAUUCCCUUAGCAUGUAACAGAUCUAUCUCAGGUACAUUUGAAGUAACAGAUUCUGAAAGAAGGGUUACUGGUGCUAUCAGAGUUGAGUUAAAAUGGAAGUUUGCCUACCUAUCACCAAGUGGAGCCGCAGUGGCUGCAGACUUGGAGAAUAACAUUCAAAAUGAGAAAUCGAUGGCACCUAAAUUACUUUCAGAACAAGAAAUGCAACCUCCAGCCUUCUCUCCUUCUUUUACUUCAUCAGUGACAGUACCAAUACCAAAACCAAGGCGCCAUGCACCUCAAACAGACAAGGAAGUGUCACUUCUGAAUGCCAGUUCAGUACAGAUGAGAGGUGCUGUUGAAAGUGACAUGGAACUUAAAAAUAAGAUCGAGACUUCAACAGGUCCAAAUGCUUUGGAGGUUAAACAAGAAAGGCCAGCAGAUGUUAAGGUAAAGGAGACUGCUAAAGGAAUUCAACAAGAGAAAGAAGACCGCUCGUGUUUGUCAGAAGAGCAGCUGACUGGCCAAAGCUCAGUUACCUCUGGAAAAGAGACAGAAAUAACUGAAGAACAGGAACCAGAAGCAGGUCAAGAUAAUAGACACAGAAAUGAUUCCAUUGAAUCAGAAACUGACAGUGACGACUGUAUUGUUACAAGUCCAAUAUCCAAGAACAUUAUACAGGCAACUGAAAAAAUCCGGAUUGAAAUUAUAUCGCUUGGUCUUACCGAGUCACGAAUUGUAGAAGAUAAUACAAUACAACAACUGUUUGUAGAAUGCAGAUUAUACAAUUUCAUUGCAGAGGAGACCCCAGUGUCUCUUCCAAAGCCACCAUGUGGACAGAGGGUUCACUAUAACUAUAGCAAUGUGAUACAUGUGGAUAAGGCAAAUAAUCGCGCAAGAAGAGAGUAUCUCAAGUCUAUACUUCAAAAGCCAUCUCUAAGAACUGACAGACUGCUAUUUACAGUGGUUAGUGAUCCUCCAGAAGAUGAGCAGGAUCUUGAAUGUGAAGAUAUUGGUUUUGCUUAUGUCAGUUUGAGAGAGAUAUUUGAGAAAAAAAGGGAUGUCAUAGAGCAAGAUAUUUUUGUUUUUGAUUCGCAAGAUGAUAGUGCAGUAAUAGGAAAGCUCAGAGUAACAGUGGAAGCUCUCCAUGCACUGUGUUCAGUCUACGAGGAAUGCGAAGAUGACUACGAGGCAUGAAAGGGAAGUUUGCCUACAGAAGUUCCUUCUGUAAAUACAUACUUGAUAGUGCUUCAAAGAUGAGAUCUUCGUAAUUCCUAGAGUAUAUUUAAUGUUUAAUUUAUAUAAAAAGGACUCUUGGUUUGUAGUAAUAAAGUUUUGUAUACUUUCCAGUCUGUUUGUUUUUAUAUUUCCCCCCUAAGGCUAAGUAUCUCCCCACAGUGGACAACGCCUUGUGAAUAAUUAAUACCUACAUGAUUGAAUGAUGUGCUUUAUUUGCAUUUUCAACAUUUUUUCCUACAUAAAACAGUAAUAAAAAUGCAAGUCAAAUUUUUAAUUUUUAAUAAAAAAACCAUAAGCCUUAGAAAACUGAUUAAAAAUACUUUUAUGUUAUCCCUAAUCACCCCGCUAAAUGGAAUGCCUGUGAUUAGCCUCAUUAAGAAUUUUAUACUGUGAAGAUUUUAUUAAAAGCAAUAUAUGAAAAUUA